AUGAUAAAACGUGAAUAUUAUCCAAAUGUGACAACAAUGGGAAAUUUCUAUCCAAUGCCAACAGCUGCAGUUCUACAAGAUAUAACACGUCGAGUAACGAUUCUGAGCAAUGUAGAACAUGACCGAGUAAUUAAGACUGAUGAUUCCAAAGGGCUCGGAUCUGGAAAUGAUGGUAUUCCAAGAGACAUUUUACCGGUGAACAUGGAUUUUGUAAUACUUAUUGAAAAGAUAUCGGGAACAGCGAAAUGGUUCAUCGAUGGAAAUGGUUUUCAGCAGCAAAAGUUUAACUACAAUACCAUAGCGGGACAUCAGGCGCUUCAAUCUCUCAUUUAUCCACCAACUUUAUUUACAAGAAUCGGAAAAAAUUUGCAUAUAAAAUUUAUUUCAAAUGAUGAUAUGGUAAUCGAAUUUCCAUGCGACGUACAAUUGAUAACCGUAAGACCUUUGAAUGACAGUCCAAAUCAGAGGCUAAUGAUACUUCAUCGAGCAGGUAUAUAUUGCGGUGGUACCGCAACCACACCAUGCAGAAGUGGUGAUCUCUCGACAGCAAUCUUAUCAUACUUAAAAUCAAUUCAUGUAACAAAAUUACAACGGACGCAACUAAAUGGCAUCGAUACGAUUGGAACAAAGAAAAAUGUGGACGACGAAGAAUUUUCGAUAGAACCAAUGGAUUUUCUUACAUACAUUAUAGAUAUGUAA